GGACUCAUUAGGUACAUAAACAUGUAUUUGUGAUAAAUAUGGUUCGAUUUAUUGAAACAAUAUGUGAGUGGUGCCUUGUGGUGUGGUGGGUUUUUGAAUAGCUGAUGUGCUUACAGUCACACAAAAGUGUUUUCGCCCAUAUAGCUAUAAAACAAAAACAGUCAAUGAACUUCCAAGCUCUGUUGUGUUUACUCAAUUCAUCUCUUCCCUCUCUUUAUCUCUCACUAUAGGUAUCAAAUAUACAAAUAGUGUUUGUUGUACACACAAGCAAUUUUGCACAUCAUUGGAUCAUCUGUCUUACAACCAUCUAAGAACCCUAUCCAUCAUGACAAUGAGGCAAGAGAAACCUCACGCCUCUUUCAUGCAGGGAGCACCUGUACCCAACAGGGUCCCAAAGAGAGUAAAGUGGAGGUGGCAAAAGUCUCAACAAACCUUUUUGCCCCAGGGAGCCAGGUACCUACAAGGAGCACCCAGGUCUGCCAGGUAUCCACAAGGAGCACUGGUGCACGGAAGGGUCCUGCAGGGAGCUCCCAUGUGCACCAGGAACCCACAUGGAGCACCUGUGUCUGUUGGGUACCUGAAAAGAAGAAAGAGGAAACAGCUAAACCUACAGACUUCUUUUGCAGAGGGAGCUCGGUUCCCACAGGAAGCACACAUGCCUGCUGGUUCCCGACAGGGAGGAAAGUGGAGACAGCAAAAGCCUCAACAAACCUUUUUGCCCCAGGGAGCCAGGUACCUACAAGGAGCACCCAGGUCUGCCAGGUCUCCACAAGGAGCACUGGUGCACGGAAAGGGAGCUCCCAUGUGGACCAGGAGCCCACAUGGAGUGCCUGUGUCUGUUGGGUACCUGAAAAGAAGAACGUGGAAACAGCAAAACCUUCAGACUUCUUUUGCAGAGGGAGCUCGAUUCCCACAGGGAGCACCCAUGCCUGCUGGUUCCCGACAGGGAGGAAAGUGGAGGCAGCAGAAGCCUCGGGCUUCUGUCCUACAGGGAGUACCUGUACAUACCAGGCCCCCACAAAAAGCAAAGAGGAGGCAGUUGAAGUCUCAAGCCUCUUACCAGGGAACCAGGUACCCACAAGGAGCACCCAUCCCUGCUGGUUUCCAACAGAAAAUAAAGUGGAUGCAGAAGCCUCAAACUUCUUUUCUACAGGGAGCCAGGUUCCCAAAAGGAACAUUCAUGCCUGCUGGUUCCCAACAGAAAAGAAUGUGGAAGCAGCAGAAGCCUCAAACAUCUUCUCCACACAAAGAACCCAAUCUGUGGAGGAAGCAUGCCGUCUUGGCACCUGUUCAGAGAGGUUUCCCACUGGAAGCACCCAUGCUCUUUGGGACCCCUCAGAGAGAACCCGUGGCCAUUGGGUCCCCACAGGGAGCACUUGUGCCCUUGUGUUCCUCAGAGGGAGUGCCAAUGCCCUCUGUGACCCAUCAGAGAGCAUCCAUGCUCAUCAUUUCCCCACAAGAAGCACUUGUGAAUAUCUGUCUACCAAAGAGACAACUUGUGCAGACCUCUUUCCUACAAGGAGCACCUAAACCCAUCUUCUCCCCUCAAGAAGCGCUCAUGCAUGCCUCUUUGCAAGAGGAACAAAGUUCCCAAUCCAGUAGGAAUAAGAGGCAAUGGCCAUGGAGCACAGACGAUUCGGACAAUGAAGGUCUGUUUUGGCCACCUCCACUAAAAAAAUGGCGUGUGGAAUUAGAGCCCAGAGCCUCCACAGGAGCAUCAGAACAAAGUUCCCAGUGCAGUCGAAAGAGGCCGUGCCCAUGGAGCACAGAAGAUUUGGACAAUGAAGGUGUGUUUCAACCACCUCCACUGAAAAAACGACGUGUGGAGCCCAGCGCCUCUCCAAAUGCACAGCUCACUCGGAAGAGGCCAUAUCCAUGGAGCACAGGCACAUCGGACAAUGUAGAUGCUGAUCAGCCUCCUUCAUGUAAAAAGCGGCGCAUGCCAGUCCAAUGAGGAGCAGCAGUUCACCUGCUUAUCUAAAUAUUUCAUACAAAAUCUGAUCUAUAUUUUAAACAUAAUUAUACU